AUGAUUGAUGUAAAAGCACUUGCUUCGAAAAUAAUUAAAAACAAAACUAUAGCAGAGAAUGGGGAAAAAGUGUGCUGGUUGAAAAUAAAAUGUCUUAGAUUUGAAAAAGAAUUACCUGGUUUUAUUAAAUACAGAUACGAUUACGAUGGGCCAUAUAACUUACUAAAUACUCUUUGUAAACCAGGGAGACCGACUAGGAGAACUCCAAACUCUGAAAUGCCAACUAUAAAUACUGAAGAUCUUCCCCGGGCAUAUAAACAAUGUCUUCCUAUAACAAAACAAAGAAAAAAAGACUGUUUACAGCUCUGUAAGAAAAAUAUAAUUCCUAAAGAGCUUCACGGGUGGUACGAAAGUUUACCAUGUUCAAACGAAGACCAGGGUCCAUCACGCUCCACUGAUUCAUCUGAAGUCGAUGAGUAA